CGGGAGCCGCAGUGGCGGCGGCGGCUGGGGGCGGUGAGCGCGGCGUGGGGCUGCCCCUCCCCGGAGGCGGCGGGGGCGGCCGGGCCCGCGCCGCACCGCACCGCGCGGGCGGCCAUGGAGCGAGCCUAGGGCCCGACAGGAACUGUGGAAGGUGCAUCAGUGAAGAAAUGGACCAAUGUGUAUAAUCAUGGUAUCUUCUUGCUAACCAUCACCACCAGCUCUCCUUAAUAAAUACAUCAGCUGCCAACCGGGAGGACCAGAGGGCCUUUCACCGAAUGAUGACUGGCUUGCGGGUGGAGCUGGCGCCCAAGCUGGACCAUACCUUGCAGUCUCCCUGGGAGAUUGCAGCCCAGUGGGUGGUUCCCCGGGAAGUGUACCCUGAAGAGACACCAGAGCUGGGGGCAAUCAUGCAUGCCAUGGCCACCAAGAAAAUCAUUAAAGCUGAUGUGGGUUAUAAAGGGACACAGCUGAAAGCCUUACUGAUACUUGAAGGAGGACAGAAAGUUGUUUUCAAACCUAAGCGGUAUAGCCGAGACUAUGUGGUGGAAGGGGAACCAUAUGCCGGUUAUGAUAGACACAAUGCAGAGGUAGCAGCCUUUCACUUGGACAGGAUUCUGGGUUUCCGCCGAGCCCCCUUGGUGGUUGGCAGAUUUGUUAAUCUUCGGACAGAGAUUAAACCUGUUGCCACGGAGCAGCUGUUGAGCACCUUCCUAACUGUAGGAAACAAUACUUGUUUUUAUGGGAAGUGCUAUUACUGCCGAGAAACAGAACCAGCUUGUGCUGAUGGAGACACAAUGGAGGGAUCUGUCACACUUUGGCUUCCAGAUGUGUGGCCUCUGCAGAAACACCGUCACCCAUGGGGCAGGACUUACCGAGAAGGCAAAUUGGCCAGGUGGGAGUAUGACGAGAGCUACUGUGAUGCUGUGAAGAAAACAUCCCCUUAUGACUCUGGCCCGCGCCUCUUGGACAUCAUUGACACAGCUGUCUUUGAUUACCUGAUUGGCAAUGCUGACCGCCAUCACUAUGAGAGCUUUCAAGAUGAUGAAGGCGCUAGUAUGCUCAUCCUUCUUGAUAAUGCCAAAAGCUUUGGGAACCCCUCGCUGGAUGAAAGAAGCAUUCUUGCCCCUCUCUAUCAGUGUUGCAUCAUUCGGGUUUCUACCUGGAACAGACUGAACUACCUAAAGAAUGGUGUGCUAAAGUCUGCCUUAAAAUCUGCCAUGGCCCAUGACCCCAUCUCCCCAGUGCUCUCUGAUCCUCAUCUGGACGCCGUGGAUCAGCGGCUCCUGAGUGUCCUGGCCACUGUGAAGCAGUGUACCGACCAGUUUGGGGUGGACACAGUACUGGUGGAAGACAGGAUGCCUCUCUCACACUUGUAAUUCUCGACACAAAAUAAGUGAAACUUCUUUUUACAAAGAUAGAGAAACAGCACAAUCAAUUCCAAAUGGUAUGAGAUGGAUUGGAAGUGGCCAGCAGCAAGUUCUGGUGACAGGGGACAGGGUGGCCUUGGAUGUCUUUGGUGUUUUCUGUAGUGGAAACUAAAGCAAAGACCACAAGUUUCAGAGCAUAGAGACAUUCCUGCUGAAUCGCCUUCUGACCUCCUCGGCAAUUGCCCAUUUUAGCACUGGGCAUCACAGUUGGUCAGUCUUAAUUCCCAUGCCAAAGGACAAAGAGGUGUGACAUUUGGAUAGACGAAUACUGGGGUUGGCUCUGGAGCGUGUGUUUUGAAUUGAACCUUGCAGUCCUUUCUCCCGCCUGUGGAUUUUGUGGAAACACUUUGCAAUCUCUUGUGUCUUUUUUUUUUUUUUACCAGAACUAGUUAAAUCAGAAUGCUUACUGUCCUACAGAGUGGCAGCAAAUAAAACCUUGCAUUCCAUCAAGCCAAAAUAGCACACUCUGUUGGAGGAGAUACAUGUUUCAGACAGAAUUGGAGGGAAGGACAAAAACAGAAAGGUGUUUGGGCUUUUAAGCCAUUGGGUAGUAUUGUUUUGAUGAUCUUAGAGGAGGGAAGAAGAGAGAGAGACCCACUGGUGGAACCAGAAUCGGGCAGAUGAUUGAAAUUGAAAAACAGGUUCCCUUGUAUUUAGGAUCUUAAGGUGUGUAAAAAGCAAACAUGACUUUGCACCUAAGUAAAUUCUGCAUUCUCAUAGUUGUAUCCCAAUUAACCAAAAAGUUGUCUGGAGAAAAUGCUAUUACAAUCUAAGCAUGAUUCUCUAAGGAGACUAAUUUUUUCCCCUUUUGCCGAAAGCAGUCCUUCCCAAAUUAACAAAGCAAACUGAAAUAAUACCUUGAAUAACAGGUAGCCUGUGGUCUCUGUCAUCCUCAUUUCUCUUCUGAAAUGAAUUUCCACCUCUGCCUUUAGGGUAUUUUGUCACUGAAGCUGCUGUUCCCAAGAGAUCAGCAACCUUUUUGCCCCUUUCUCCUAAGAAAGGGACACUCCUACAGGUGAGAGUGUAUACCUUACUGGUGGCUGGACUGGACUUAUCUUGUGAUUUGGGGCCACGGAAGACUGGAAACAAAGAUUUUAAGCCGCCGCCUUCUUCUUUUUUUUUUUUUUUUUUUUUGAGACCAAGACACACUCUGUUGCCCAGGCUAGAGUGCAGUUGCAUGAUCUCGGCUCACUGCAACCUCCGCCUCCUGGGUUCAAGCGAUUCUCUUGCUUCAGCCUCCAGAGUAGCUGGGAUUACAGGUGCCCACCACCACGCCCAGCUGAUUUUUAUAUUUUUAGUAGAGACAGGGUUUCACCUUGUUGGCCAGGCUGAUCUCAAACUCCGGGCCUCAGGUGAUCCACCUGCCUCGGCCUCCCAAAGUACUGGGAUUACAGGCAUGAGCCACCAUACCCAGCCAAGAUUUUAAGCCUUCUGAGCCUUGAAAUUGAGGAGGUUAAAAGGAAGAGCCUUAAGAUUUUGAUUUAUGUCAAAUGCUAAUUCCAUCAUUCAGUCUUGUCUGGAGUUCUGAACCCAUGAUGUUAUAUUAUGCUUCUUUCUCCUCUUAGCACUCUCAAAUUUCAGGUUGUAAAGCACAGUUUUCAUUUUGUGUUCUGGCAAAGUGAUGUCGACGUGUAAGUAGUUGCAGUAGAACACAGGGGCAAAGGAAGACAGGGCUGAUGUGCCCGCUCACCUGUGGACUCAGAGCUAUGUGCUUUGCUCCUGCAUCUUGUCAAGGUGCGUUCCAGCUUUUCAUUCCUGUCAAGCAGAGGCGAAUAUUUAAACAGUGUGGUUGAAUACAUUUAAUGCCAGCCAUUGGAAACUAGUUUUAGGCACCCACUCUCAAAAACAGCUUUAGAAUUUAUGCCCAGUUUUCUUGCAUUGAAAGAUAACUGAGUAACCUGUAACUAUUUUUAAAUAGCAUGAAAUUAGGAAACUUUUGUACAUUUUAUAUACAUUUUGAGAUGAAGAGAACAAUGGGCUGGGUUAUAAAAAGGGUGUAUUGAAUUUAAGAAGACAGAGACUAGCACAAAACACAGAAUUCGUGUUAACCAAAGGAGGCAUUGAUUUCAGUUUUAAGGCUACUCACUGUUGUGUGUCCAGGGAAAUUCAUAGCUCAGUAUGAGAAUACCUUGGUUAGUGCUCACCCACAAGCUUCCAGGAGCCAGCUGGGAGGAGACAAUAGAAAGAUAUCAGCUCUGCUCUCCCUGUAAAGGUUAGUUGAACUGUUACGGAUUUGUGGUCUUUCAAAUACAUGAUGCCUUUAGUAUGCCACACUGAAAUGAAUAAGAAGUCUGAAACUAGGAACUUCAUAACACUGAAGGCAGAGAUUCUGCUAAGGAAAAAAGCAGGCAGGAAAGAAAAUGUCUCAAUCCUUUCUUGAAAGCAUUUGCAGAAAAUAUAUCAUUUCAUUUUAUUCGCAUCUGUUUUCAGACUCGUGAUCUUAAAAGGCAUUCUGAUCAUAAAUUUAGAAUUUUCAUCCAUAAAAUUUAGAACUCUAAUCCAUAAAGUUAGAAUUGAGCUAAUAGAGUGGUGUGACAUGGCACUGAGAAUAUAAAUUUUUGUUCUAAGUCAGGAUUUCAGUAAGCUGGAAAAGUAUGUUUAGGCAAAUCUUGGAGAAAACCAACCAUAAACUUACAGCUCUAAAAUUCAGAAAGCGCUAAAAUUUCAAACACUGUUUGAAAGAAUAGGUCGGGGCCGGGUGCAGUGACUCAUGCCUGUCAUUCCAGCACUUUGGGAGGCCGAGUUGGGCAGAUCACCUGAGGCCAGGAGUUCGAGACCAGCCUGACCAACAUGGUGAGACCCUGUCUCUACUGAAAAUGCAAAAAUUAGCAGGGCAUGGUGGCAUACGCCUGUAGUCCCAGCUACUCGGGAGGCUGAGGCAGAAGAAUUGUCUCUGUCUUAAAAAAAAGAAGAAAAAAAAAGGAGGUGGAUUUUUUUUUAAGUGUUGUCACACUGUCCUACUUUCUCUAUUAGAAUCUAAGGCUGUUACAAUCAAGUCGUUGCAGGGUUUGGAUCAGCUGUAAGGUAUGCCUACCAAACAUCCAAAGGUAGACGUGGAGACAUUUUAAUACUACAAAACUAGGAAAAUCCGAACUCAUGGCCAUUUCCUGCCCUCUUCCCACUUGUUACAAAAUGUUUAUUCUAAAGUUUGAAUGGAUAAAUUUGAGUGUAAAGGUUUUGUUAUAAAACUUUCUUUAGUAUGAGGCUGCAUUGUGGGUUUGGGGGAGGUGUAAAUAAUUUUCUGUGUAAAACAAAUUCAUAGGAUCUGAUUUGCUCAGAGUAUUAUUCAAGAAUGUAUUAAUAAGGCAUUGCCCCCUGUUUGCACUCAGGAUUAAUAUGUCAAAUGAAAUUUAAGAAGGAAAUGGAAGAAUUCAGGUACAUUAAUUGCAUAUUAUUUUGGGAAAGAUGAAUCCUAUACAUGGCAAUUUUUCAAUGUCAUCCAAAGCCAGCAUUGUCUUCCAAAGAAAUCCAUCUUUUUUUUCUAAAAAAAGAAAAUGCUUUUGCCUUUCCUUCCCUUUCCAUCCGCCAUAUUUCUUCAGCCUUUCUUCUUCUUCACCCGUGUAUUCUUUGACCAGUAAAUGGCCACACCUCAAUGAUGAUAAAACAGCAUCGUCAGUAAGCUAUCUUAUAUGCCUCAUCCUGUGAGUUUGAGCUUCAGGAAACAUGAGUAAAGGUAUAUGUAAUGUAUAUAGUCGUAUAUGUAUUCUAGCAAGAAAAACAUAUUUAUUUUAACAAAGGGGAACACUGACUUAAAUUGCUGAAGGGCUUGCAGCUAGUGAAAGGUUCUCAGUCUCUGAGAGUGGACCCUAAUUAACAUAAAGACUAUUCAUCAGCAAAUACCUACUGAGCAGCUCUAGUGUGCCAGCACAGGCCAGGCCUACUAGUGAGCCAGGCAAACCUGUCUUUGGGAAACUCAUUCUACAGGGGAAGGCCAGUUUUUUUCCCUUCAAUUCCUCAAGUCUGGGUGGUGACAAGGUAGGAGGGACUGGGUACUGGACUACCACAGGUUUUUAGGAACUAAGGUGUUUCUCAUAAACACAAAAUGUUGGGUGAAACUGGGAACAACUUACUCGGAAGCUAAUUUAUUUGCUUAAAUGGAAAGUGUGGGAGCCACUACCCUGUCUUUUGAUCUGCCAAGGAUUUCCUCUCAGAGCUGUUGCACAGAGAUUGUACUUGGUAAGAUACCAAACAAGACAGAUAUGCAUCUAAAUUUCUAAUGUGUUCUAUGGGUUUCAAUUCUGAAAAAAGAAAAUGAAUAAAGAUUUUAAUAAAUAUGA